GGGGCUUUUUUUCAGUAGGAGCCGAGCUAGCGGCCGAGGCGGGUUGUGAGAAGUAGGAUGCGGGCAGCUAACGGGCUCUGGGCGGCGCUGGCCUUGAUCCUGCUCCCUGGGGAGAGCCUCGCUCUGCGGGAGGGAGAUUGCGAAGUGUGUGUUUCAUUCUUGGGAAGAUUCUACCAGAGCCUAAAGGAGAAGAAUGUUGAGUUCACACCAAACAGUAUUGAAAAAGAACUUUUAAAAUCCUGUAAAGAAGCAAAAGGCAAAGAGAACCGCCUGUGCUAUUACAUUGGAGCAACCAGUGAUGCAGCCACUAAAAUAACUAAUGAGGUGUCAAAACCCCUAAGUAAUCACAUCCCUGUUGACAAGGUUUGCGAGAAACUGAAGAAGAAAGAUAGUCAGAUCUGUGACCUGAAAUAUGAUAAACAAAUUGACUUGAGCACUGUGGACCUGAAGAAACUGAAAGUCAAAGAAUUGAAGAAGAUUCUAGAUGACUGGGGUGAAACAUGCAAAGGCUGUGCAGAAAAGUCAGAUUACAUUCGGAAAAUCAAUGAACUGAUGCCUCUGUAUGCACCCAAAGCAGCCAGUUCACGGACAGACCUCUGACCACCAUAGUGGCCUCUAGAUCAUUAGCAAAUCACACACAAACUAUGUUAAUCUUUCUAUUUUCUUUUCUGGAAAGCUGUUUUUGUAACUUAUUUAACUGGGUUUCAAGUGUCAAAGUGAGCGGUUCUUUCAAUGCUGGUUCAACUGCCUCGUCGUGUCUCAAGUUUUUAUUUCUUUUGUCUCCAAUUUAUGUUUAAGACAUCGACGUAUGUAUGGGAUUUUUGAAAUAAAAGUUAAGAAAGCCA